AUGUCGCUGGAUACACACACAACCGUCAAUGUGGAUGACCCUCCUCGGCCUUUCAUGGGCCAUACAGACAGAAUUACCGCCAUCGAGUACUCUCCUGAUGGACGCCUCAUCGCCACCGCGUCUUGGGACAAGAGCGUGCGUUUGUGGGAUCCUCUGACGGGCCAUCCACUCCAGAAGAUCGACACGCCUGGUAAGGCCGACUCUCUUGCAUUCCACCCCACAGGUAGACAGCUGGCCACGAUAUGUUUGGACGGGUGCGUCCUUGUCUGGGAGGUGAAGGAGGGUAGAUCAGGGGUCUUGCCUUGGGUCUUGCAGGACACCGUAAUAAAGACAAAAUACGAAACUCACACAGGUUCUCAUCUCGUCCAGUUCUCAAACGAUGGUCAACUCCUCGCUGCGAUGACGCCUCUGCUCAUCGUCCUACAAGACGCAGACACGGGACAGGUAGCCAUGCAUGUCGCCAGGAUGAGGGACGGAAUGCAGCUUAUAAGCCUGCUUGGAUUCGCUUCGAAUGACCGGAAGGUCCUGUUUGCCUGCCAAGGUGAACAUCGCCCCGUCAUUGGCGAUCUGAAGGAUUUAUAUUCAAGCCAAGGUCCUACAACAACAUAUUCUUUUGACUUGGCGACAAGGCAACAAACGUGCAUCAAUCUCUCAGUUGAUACGUCUCACCCUCUCUGGUGGCUUGUUGGCUCUUAUGACGGGGCCAUGAUUGCUGGUGGUGCACCCCAAGGAUCACAGAUCUGGGAUGCCAACAGCGGUGAAGUCUUGCGUGGUCCACUCAGGGGCCAUCUCCUCAAAACAAGGACCCUGUGCUUCUCACGGGAUGGCGAAUGGCUCAUCGAUGUCUCCGAUGCAAACACUAUACACGUCUGGGACACUGCCACAGGCCACUUGGUUUUGGGGCCUUUGAGGCAUCCGCCGAACCUGGGAGCCACUGGGGUAGAACAAAUCAACUUCGUCACGUGCUCUCCGUUGAAAGAUCGUAUAGCGUAUGUGGAUGCCCUGACAAAUGUUCAUGUUUGGGAUGUCCAUACUCAACAGAUUGAGCUUUCGUCGUCGAUGCCAGACAAAAAACAGGUCCAGCCGUUAAUCACACCGGGCCGUUUUGCGGUGGACAGUGUGCAUUGGGUCCCCGAUGGCCGUCACGUUGUCAGUAGCAGCUUGUACGACGACUACAUCCGCACAUGGGAUGCUGAGACAGGGGAGCAAGUCCGCGAGUACUUCUACCCCGGGGGCUCGUGUAUUGCUCUAUCCCCCGAUGGUACAUUGUUGGCGGCUGGCUCCGCGUGCUGCUUUGGGUCCAUCAUGUUCUUCGACACUAAAACGGGUAAUGGACACUCAUAUUCUCUCGAUGGCGGCUCCGGUCGAGCGUGCCAUAGAGUGACAUUCUCCCCCACCGGUUCGACACUCGCCGUGUUGCUUGACGAUGCAUAUGACUCAAACCUCUGUUUCGUUUUCGACGUUCUCGGUGACCGCAAGACAGUCUUUGUACAGCACCCCUCAAGAGUUCUGGAUGUUGCAUUCUCACCGGAUGGAGUGCGCUUUGCGUAUGCUACUGCAAGCGACGGAGUCCUCAUCCGCAGUAUUACCUCGAUGGAUGUUAUCUCAAGAGUUUCCCUCCCAACAUCCGAUAGCUUGGAUCCUAUUGACUUUAUCUCAUUUUCGCCUGAUGGUCAUCGCCUCCUCGUCCGUUCGAACGGACUCUUCGUGAAGGACCUACAAACGGAUCAGACACUCCUCCAUCUUGAAACGAUAUUCUCAGGUGACUGGGGUCUAUUCUCGCCAGAUGGGCAGUCCUUACUGCACUGUUCCAAGAUUAGUUACAUUCAGUUGGUCAAUGCAGCAACAGCUGAUACAAUAUGGCGAUUCGAUGUCUCGACUCCGGCAUGCUGCGCUUUUUCACCCGGAGGAGAAAAGAUAGCGGUUGGUUUUCAGAAUGGUAAAAUCGAGCUUUAUGAAGCGACGGCGGGUCGUAUGCUCCUCCCGAAACGGGAGAGGUCCUUAUCGGAAGCAGGCUCUCCAGGCGACGAUCCCGUUAACGUGGCUGGGGAUCACCGUGGCCCUAACAGACCGGGACCGUCGCGGCGUGUACUUAGCCUGGCUGACGCAGACAACGAUUCACUCAUGAACAUGCCUGCAGCCAUCAGGAGAUCCGCUCCAGGAGGCUCUCAUGCGCGUCAAACUCCUAGGAAGAAUAGCGGAGGCAGCUUGAAGGACGGGCCAGAUGGGGAACCCCGUCGCGGGCUCAUUGCUCGGCUCACAUCUCGCCGCAACUCUGAUAGGCCACUCUCGGAUGAGCCUAGCGAUGGCCGUCAUCGCAUGUCGCGAAUGUUUGAAUUAGUUAGCGUCGGUCGUGCUAAUCUGCGUGUGAUGGCUGCGGGACCAAGCGAACAAGGUCAUCUCAGGGGUAGACUUCGGCAGGAAGAGUCUGAUGAGAGCUCGAGCAGCCCGUCGCCUCCCGCGUCGGCCCACCAUCGAGUUGAGUCUCCUGAAGCAAAUGUCGGGGAGGAGAGGAGCUGCACGCCGAGCAGCGACGGACUUAAAGACGUACUGUGCUACUGCUUGUGCAUCCCGCGUUGUCACCGGGACUAG